AUGGCACCUUCUCUCCCAAAGAUUGACGCGAAAGGCAGGCCUAGAGCUUGGAAAGCCGAUGAGGUUCGCCGUGAUACGACAUGGAUACAGCGCCUCACAUCCAGCCAAGCCGAAGGGUUCACCGUAGCCCUCAAGCAUGCGAAAGAAAUAAACAAGCCUCUACUUGAAAUGACGCAGGAAGAUUAUCCUCUUCCGGAUGAUUCUCGUCGUGCUCUUGAACAGGCUAUAGAGACGACUCAAAGCCGGUGGGGAAUGUGCCUAGUCAAGGGCUUUCCAACAGAUGAAUGGACUGAGGCGGAAAUGCGCCUUGCGUACUGGGGCAUGAGUCUGUAUAUGGGUGUAGCACGGACGCAGAACCAAGCUAGCGAGGUUAUCAAUGACGUGCGAGACACCGGCGGCAGCUAUAAAGUCAAGGGUGGACGAGGAUAUAACACAAAUGCCGGACUCGACUUCCAUCAGGACUCAGCCGAUGUUGUCGCUUUGCUAUGCAGGCGCACUGCAAAAUCAGGCGGGACCAGCAAAGUAAUGAGCUCCAUUGCUCUACGCGAACAGGUCCAAGAGGUGCGUCCUGAUCUUGUCCCCGUCCUACAAGAAAACAGCUGGUUCCACAGCUUCCAGGGCGCACAGGACUCGAGUCAGCCAGAGUUCUACCGAUGUCCCAUCUUCGGGGACGAAGCUGGCUUCUUCUGCGCUCGUGCGAAUCGCAAAAAUGCCUUUGCUGCACAGCGUGAUUUCCCUGAUGUGCCCCGAUGGACAACACAGCAAGAAGAGGCAUUGGACUUGCUCGAUACCAUCAUGCCGUCGGAGGAGUUCUGCUACACCAUGGAGUUGGAAAAAGGAGAUAUGCAGCUCCUGAACAGCUUUGUGACUUUACAUUCGAGAACUCCCUUUGAGGACUACGAUGAACACGACGAGAAGCGCCAUCUUAUGCGUUUAUGGCUGUCGAUUCCUAUUUCACAGCCUCUCCCACUCCAAUGGGCAGAGUACUGGGGUGAUGUGAGAGCCGGGUCAGUACGAGGAGGUGUAAGGGGAGGUGGGAUUACGCCCGAGUUUUUGGAAUAUGAAAAGCGUCAGUCAGAUAUCAUGAAAAUGCCAUUCGCCCCAUGGAAUCCAGUAGUUCGCAAGGAAAACAUGGCAAAGAUCUUGUCGGCUUUUUGA